CCAGGACGCAUCUGCAGGAAUAAACAGCUGGAACCUCUCUUCAAUUGCAGGGAAACUUCCAGAUUUUUGUAAGAUUCAUCUGUCUGGGCAUCUCCGAGGUGGUGAUGGCUCUCCAGAGGACCCCUGCAUCACUUCUGCCCUUGCUGCUGACCCUGCUGGGGCUGGUGCUGCUGCAGCCCUCCUAUGGCCAGAGUUACAUGUACCAACGAUUCCUGAGGCAACACGUGGAUGCUGAUGAGACAGGAGGCGAUGAUGGCUACUGCAAUGUGAUGAUGCAAAGACGGAAGAUGACUUCACGUCAGUGCAAGGGCUUCAACACUUUCAUUCAUGAAGACCUUGGGAACAUUCUUAGUAUCUGCAGCACCACCAAUAUUCAGUGCAAGAAUGGCCAGAUGAACUGCCAUGAGGGUGUAGUGAGGGUCACAGACUGCAGGCAGACAGGAAGUUCCAGGGCUCCCAACUGCAGAUACCGGGCCAGGGCCAGCACGAGACGUGUUGUCAUUGCCUGCGACGGUAACCCAGAGGUGCCUGUGCACUUUGACCGUUAGAAGCCACCCAGAAGGGGUUAUGGCCCAGCUGCUGGCCUUUACCUGACUCCUUAAACAGCAAUGAGUAUUGCUUUUGGGUUGUCCCAGACUCUGUCUCCACCGCUUCUUUCUUUCUUUUUUCCUUCUUUAUAUAACCCGCUCUGUUAAAUACAUUGCAUGAAAGAGAAAGACAAGACAUAAGCUUAUAAUGAAUGUGGCCUUUUCUGUAAUAAGCUUUCUUUUAUAAUAUAGGUCAGCUUUGCUGUCUCUGAUCUUAUCCUCUGGAAUUUAGUCAUUACACAGCACUUCAGGAAUUUCAAGGUGCUUUCAAUCAAGUCACUUCAUUCUCAUACCACAGCCCCCUUGGGAUGCUGCUGACAGUGUUGCAAUAUACAGAAGCCCAAAGUUAAGAGAUUUGCUGAGACCAAAAGUUAGUAGAAAAGCUGAUACAAAAGUCUACUUUACAUGGUUACUAAUCCAGGGCUUUUUCCACUUCAUCACAAGGAGUGUUUUGAAAGUAUCUGGGUUUUGUUCCUCCCCAAAGUCAGCUGCUGGGGGAAGCAUUAAAAAUUUGGAAAUAUACACUGGCACCAUGAGAGCUCUCUGGGUAUCAAGUGGCAACCUUGCUGUGUUUGGAUCUAAUAAAAGCAGGAAAUGAUACAAGAAAGUUUCUUUUCUUCUUCCCAAACUUUUGAGUCACCCUAGUAAGUCAGAGUAUUCAAAUGUACUACAUCCUUAAGACUCAUUCACUCUUCCUGACUGAAAGAUUUUUCAUGUUUUUCUUAUAAUAAUGGAAAUAAGAUACCUUCAAUU